AUAAAAAGCCAACAAUAAUCAUCACCAGUCAGAUACUUGAUUAAUCAAAUCACAGAGUAGACUCCCUCUCCGUAAGAAACACCAAACCCCAACCCAAUAAACCAACCGUUUGCCUUUUCGCUCUUUCUUCUUCCCUCCCUUCCUUCACUCUCCGAUCUACUUCAACCACUCAUCCACCACCGGAAUAUCUUUACGCGCCGCUUAUUUGACUCUACGCGCCACUGGAUUGUUAUGGUUGUGAACGGGCGACCGAUGAAGAGGAUGAAGAGUAGAGUGACGGCGGAUCUCUACGACUUCCUCACCUUUCCUUCUUCCGCUCCUGGAUCUGGCUUUCUGUUGCCGUUCCGUGCCAACAUCAAGGCUUUUCUCGCGAGGCACGCGCUGGUGCCGCCUCCGUCGUCCCUGUUCCCUUAUCUGAUGACGUGGCAGAUACUAUUCAGGGUCGGUGACGUGGUAACGACGGAUGCCUCCCCUGAUUCCUUCCCCACCACCGUGUGCCUCGACGUGGUGGAGGAAGACGUGGCGAGAUCUAGAUCCGUCUACUGCGAUCAGUGCCGAGUCGUUGGUUGGAGUGGCAAUCCAGUAUGCUCCAAGCGUUACCAUUUUAUCAUUAAAGCUGAUGGUAAUUCCAUUGGUGGGUGCCACAAACCAUGCCCUCGUUGUGGAGAUAUGCAGCAUUGGUUGGAAUUAAGAUGCAAGACAUGCUACCAUGUGACACCUGCAGAUGAUGUAGAGGACUGGGUAUAUCACCAGUUGGAGGACACCACUCAUCUUUUACAUGGUGUUGUCCAUUCAAACGGUUAUGGCCACCUUCUCAGGGUUAAUGGGAUAGAAGGAGGUUCAAGGGUCCUUUCUGGAUGCCAUAUCAUGAGCUUCUGGGAUCGGCUGUGUAAAGCUCUUAAUGUCAGGAAGAUUAGUGUAAUGGAUGUGUCAAAAAAGUAUGGAUUAGAGUACCGGCUACUCCAUGCUAUCACCAAAGGUCACUCAUGGUAUGGUGAUUGGGGUUAUGAAUUUGGUGCUGGCAGCUUUGCCCUCACACUUGAUGCCUAUAAAUCAGCCAUUGAAACUCUCUCAAACCUCAUGUUGUCCAACAUUCUUUGUGAAGGAUGGAAACCUCACACACGCAUGCAGGAUUUAAUCUUGUUUUACCAGUCUUUAUCAGAGAUUAAGCUUGUAACCAUCAGGGACCUUCUUUGUUUUUUGAUGAGGUUGAUCCACGAUGCUCGCAAGUCUCGCCCUUUGGUAGAUAAUGUCCCAUAUAAGAAGCCUCGUACUUGUGCAUCUGGCGACAUUCACUCUUGGACUAGAGCUGAUGUUGAACGUGUGGAAGAAGCCAUGGUUAGAGUGCUUAGGGCUGUGUCUGGAUCUAAGUGGGUACCUGCCCGUUCUCUUAGAGGAGCUGUGUGUAGAGGUGCUCCUCCAGAGCUUCUUGAUCAUUGCCUCAAGGAACUCGGUGGAAAACUGGCAGCAGAAGGAUUGGUAGUUAGUACCAGAUGUGAUCCUCUUUCAGGUGCUUUUGAGUACAGAAUUGAACCUCAAAAUGUUUGUGCAACCACCACUUAUGAUGAAUCUUCUCUUGCUAAUGCUAAGUGUCCAUCUGAGGAAGUUUUCAUGCGGGACCUUAAAUUUCUAUAUGAAUCUUUGCUCCAUCCUCAAACCAUGCUGAGUUAUGGAUCUGAAGGGAUGAGCAAUGCUGUUGUCAGUUCAGCUGAGAAGCUUCUUGACUGUAAGCAAUUUGUAAAAGAUUAUGAGCCUGGGAAGUUGUCAGGUGGGAGCCCAUAUCCUGCUUGGAGCCUCUUAUGCCAACUGGAGCUUGUUGGUCAAUGUGAAGAAAAUGUCCCAGAUCCUCCUCCAGAACUACUUGUCUUACCCUUGGAUGCUACUGUUUCUGAGCUCAAGCUUGAAGUGGCACGGAUCUUUCAAGAUUUGUAUUUGGCAUUCAGAAAAAUUCAAGUUGAGGAGUUGGUUGGCUAUAGUGGUGUAGAUGAUUCCACCUGGGCCAAGCUCUUGUUAGGGUCUAUUGGAACAAUGCGAGUUCGUGGGAGAUGCCUUGGGAAAAAUGUGAACAGCAAGUUUAGAAUGGAGAGAGGGAUUGAGAGGUGGAUUGUGGACUGCAGUUGUGGAGCUAAGGAUGAUGAUGGAGAGAGGAUGCUAGCUUGCGAUGUUUGUGGUGUAUGGAAGCAUACCAGGUGUUCUGGCAUUCAUGACUGGGAUGCAGUGCCAGCAAGGUUUGUUUGCCACAGAUGCAGAGGCCCUACUCAAAUGACUCAGUCUAGCAAGCAAUGCAAGGAUGAGACUGUUUCUCCUGUGAGUGGUAACAGUGACUUUGGGAAGAGUUUGGCAACUCCUCUGUGAUAUUUGAUGAAAUCUGGUGUGUGGCCUUUGUAUGUCGGUCUUUCUUGGUUUUCACAGGGGAGAUAUCCUCAAGUGCAUAGAUGAGAUACGAUUGUAUAUAAUGUAACAGGCCUUGGUGCAUCAGGGCAGUUGUUUCUCUCUUUCCUGGUCCCUGUUCUGUUUUUAUUGUACAUAGUAUUGACCAUUAACUCAAGUCGAAUAAAAUUUUACCUCACGAAGUGGAAAAUGAGGUCAAUGAAGCCUUGGUUGGCCCAAUAAGGUAGAGGUCUUAAG